GUCUGAGCCGCGGGCCAAGCGCGGCGGCGGCAAGGGCAAGAGCAAAGGAGUUGGCAAGGCAGGCAAGACCAACGCGAGCGGAGCCAACCCCCUGGACUACGUCCGCUGUGCGAACUGCUCGUACAAGUGGAACUUCAAGGCCAGGGUGGAGUGCUACAACUGCAAGAAGCCGCUCAAGCCUGCCGCAGUGGACAAGCCUCCGCAGCUACGGGCAUCGGCGUGGUCAUUCGUGCGCGAGCCGUGGGUGCGGCACUCUGACGACUGGUUCGGGUACGAGGCACCGCCACCGCAGCCCGCCCCGCCGUCGGAUGCAGAGUGCCUCGCGGCGUUGGCGGCCAGGCAUCCCGAGCAAGGCCAGCAGCUCGAGGCCAUCAAGAUGGCAGUCGCACCACCGCCCGUUGCGGCCACGGUGUUGCCAGAUGUGGCCCUCAACCGCGCCCAGGCCAAGCAGCGGCGGGCUCAAGCCGCCUUCCUCUCCAAGUCCCAGCAGGUCCACGACGCCGAGCAGUGGCUCCAGGCCUGCCGCGAGGAGGAGGAGCGUGCUGGUGAGCUCGUCCUGGCGUGCAACGUGGAGGUGGAGGAGGCCUACAAGGCAGCAGCGCCCAAGGGCGUCCAGGUGCAGGCGCAGGAGGCGCAGGGGCCUGGCGCCAAGACUCAGCCUGCCGUGGGCCUCAACGUCACGGCGCUUUUGGCGGAAGACUUCCAGGUCGAGGCAGGCGACGCCUUCAGGCUGGACGACCCCGACCUGGACAUCACCGACACGGAGCGCGAGGAGUUCAACAAGUCCUUGGAAGGCUUCGUCGAGCAAGUCAAGCAGCACGUGCGCACCACCUUCGGUGAGGCCAAGACGCAGCUGGAGCAGAGGCGCAGCGAGAUCGACGCCAAGCACCAGCAGCUGCUGGCCAGGCCCCCACCCCUGGGCAGCCUGAGGCCCCUGCUCGGCCUCCUGUUGCUCACCCUCCAGAGCCACCCAGCCUCCGCGGCCCCGAUGGCGCAGCCAAGUUGGCUCAGCUCAGGCGGGACUUGGAAGCAGCAGCCGCCGUUCCAGCUGGGGACGCAGAGGCGUAAGGCCCAGACCUGGGGACCUGAUGCGCCGCCAGAGGCCAAGCCACGAGAGCCCAGACUCGUCCGCCUGGGCAGGCGUGAGCGGGCCAUCCUGGCCACGCGUAUGCGCCGCAUGGCUCGGCACUGGCGCCCUACCCCGUCGCUGGGGACCACGGCUCAGGACCGCAGGCACUGGGACUCCUACUGCGUGCCGUACAUCUUCCACCAGCUGGGCUCUGGGGAGUACACAGCCAUGCUGGACGACCUGGCAGCCACCACGGGCAGCGGAUCCCGAAUUGCCGAGCGCAUGAGGCGCCUCCAGCGGCAGUGGUUGGAGCAUCUGCAAGUGGCUAAUCAGGAUGCUUUCGAGCGUGAGGCGGCUCAGCAGGACCGCGCCCAGUCAGCCGCGGAGCGGUGGUUCGACCGCCAGUCCCAGGCGACGUCGGGAACGCAGGCCCCCACCGUCUACUUCGACGACCGCAUCCACUGCUGGAGGUUGUGCGCCGCGAAGGUGCUGGAGGCCGACCUCGGCCCGUCCACCUCGACUGGGACCUCGGAGGAGCCGCUGUGUUGCUCUGCCUCGCCCGUUGAAUGCACCGAGCUCACUCCCACCCCAGCCGCGUGCAACCUCACGGACGAGCACCGAGGCUCAGCUGUCUCAUCUGGGGAAAGCCACUGCGGCCCUGGGCAGCCUAACAUCAUCGAGAUGGCCCAUGAGACUGUGGCACACCCUACCGAGGGCGGGGACGUCAGUGUCGGCAGUGUUGGCGGCCAGUCCACCUGCAGCGGGACUUCGGCAAAGCCCCAGUGCGACGUCGCCAAGUAUCGACCCUCAGCAGCAGGAGCCCGCAGAGGCAAGCGUCGACAGCGGAGCCACAGGCGCUUCACCUUCCACAGCGUCAAUGCCAGCCUCAGCUGGGGCAACGUUGUGGGCUACCUCCACGGCGCGGCACACCAGCAGCUCACCGAGGGCAAGAUUCCGAUCAUCGGUUUCCAGGAGCACGGCAAGCGGCGUUUAUGGGCCGAAGAGAGCGCACGGGCCCUGCUGCCCUUGGGCUGGAGGGCCCUGCCCACGCCAGCGACGGACGGCCCGAAUGGAGGGGCCUCGGCGGGCGUCUUGCUGGCGAUACCUGCCUGCGUCGGCGUCACUCUUGCAUCUGGACAGCGACACUGGGACAUAUCUCCCCCAGGUUGUGCAUGCAGGCUCCUGAUGGCCACCCUCGAGGCCAAGGGCAUCGGCAAGUUACUGGUUUUCUGUGCGUAUUGCGUCACUGGUCAGAAGUUGGCGUCUGUGGGCAAUUCAGCUCUCCUGUCAGUUAUCACGGGGUGGGCAGUCCAGCUCCAGCUGCCCUGGAUCGUCAUCGCGGACUGGGAGAAUCUACCUGACGCUUUGGAGCGUUCGCCGUGGAACAACCAGCUCAGAGGCCGCGUCGUAGCGUGGCAAGGGGAAGGGGGCACCAACCGCUCCCCGCACGGUGAGCGCGUGAUCGAUUAUUUCUGGAUGCACUCCAGUUUGGCUGCCAAUAUUUCCCCAGCCCGCAUUGACGACGACGCGGUCUACCACCCUCAUAGGGCCACAUGGGUCGAGUUUCAGCAGCCUUGGUCGGCCUUUACCUACACCAAGCUCAUCCGACCCCACAAGUUCCCGAUCCCAGGAGUCAAGCCGAGGCACUUCGAUCUCUCGUGCCCAGACGUGCCUGCAGGUUUCGAUCCCGAUGCGGUGCCUACCCAGGAGCUCCUGGACGACACCUGGGAGGCUUUCUGCCACGCCGCCGAGGAGGAGCUGAUCCAGAAGGUGGGUUUGGACCCCAGCAGUCGGCAAGCCGAUCAAUGCCGAGGGCGUGGGGGGCCACCGCGCUUCAGGAAGUGCCCGUUGCUCCCGACCCACACCGAGGCCAUCGCUUCGUACGGGGAGGCCAAGCGUUGGAGGUGGUUUGCCAACGAGUUGGCUUGGCUGGGCAUCAUUGAAGUAAAGCUUUUCAGCUACACGGGCGCUUCCGACCUGGUCUUCACCACGUUGCACCAGCAGCGGCACGCCUCCAUCCGCAAGUUGCGUGACCGCUUCAGGCACCACAUGCUGUCAGAAGGCGUGGCUGAGCUGCAGGAGUUCUUCGAGGUUUUCACGUCUCGGGACCGCGGCUAUGAAGACUUGCAGGAGCUCUCGGCUUGGCGCCUCAGCUGCAGUCAGUAUGCCUCGUACUUGGAGUGGCAGAUCGGCAAGGAACGACGAGAUUCCUUCAAGCAUCGGUUGGAGGGCGACUUCCCAGGCUCGCAGGGGCUCCUCCACAGGGUCACCAAGUGGCGCCAGGCUUGGCAGGCUCCCAAGGGCAGCAUCUCCAAGAAGCUGCUCCCAGCGGCGCCUCAGGCCGCCGUGGACCAGGAGUUGCACGACUGGUCGAAGGUCUGGACCACUGGCUCAGGUUUCCCCAAGCCGUGGAGGGGCCUCCAGCAAGUCGCCGUCACGCCGCCCAGCCCUCACCACCUGCGCGGUUUGGCCCAGCGUUGCAGGGCCAAGACGGGGAUUGGCGUGGACGGAUGUCAACCCAAGCUUUGGGCCUACCUCACGGACAGCACGCUCUCGGUGCUCGCGUCAUUGCUGGCCUGGUGCCAACCACUGGGGCGGUGGCCGUCCCAGGUCCACCUCCUGCUCGUUUUCAUCAUCGGGAAGCUCGAUGGAGGGGGCCGACCCAUCAUUCUUCUACCUGGCCCUUGCCGAAUCUGGGAGGCGUGGCAGCUGCCCACCAUCAGGAGCUGGUUGGCGGCGCACCCCAGGAGCUACGACUACACGGCGGCGGGCCAAUCAUCGGAGCGUGCGCUGUGGAAAGCUUUGUUGGACGACGAGCUCGUGUUGGGCACAGGCAUACGUGCGGCCACGAUGCUGGCGGACCUCGCCAAGUGUUAUGAGAAGGUUCCGCAUGAGCGUAUGUGGUGGCUAGCAGCUUGGUGGGGCGGCCCGCUGGAGGUGGUCGCGCUCGCCCUGGAAAGUUUCGCCUUUGGCCGUGUCAUUCGUCUCGGGGAGGCCUGCUCGGCGGAGGUCCUGUCCUCCACAGCGCUCCCAGCGGGCAGCCGUUUCGCGCCCACCUUCCUGAGGUUCUACCUCACGCUGUGCUUAGACGACCUGCUGGGGGCUUUCCGCCUCACGAUCUACUUGUACGUUGAUGACAUCGCCCUGCGGGUCAUGUCCACCGAGGCGCGCGUCUUGCACAUGCUGCCGCAGGCCACGCGCUUGCUGUUUUGGAUGCUGGAGUCCUCCUUGGGCCUGGAGGUAGCCCGAGCGCGGGGCGGGGCGAGAGGCAAGUGCUCUUUCCUGCAAACGGCCACUCCGUCUUCAGGCUUGACGCAGGCCAUGGCCGUCCUGGGGGUACCGCCCAGCACCUCCGAGCGGUGGCUCGGCAUCGACUACGGUCCCAGCGUCAAGACAGAGAACCAGUCAGCCCCAGUCAGACACGCGCGGCUCAAGAUAGCCAAGCAGCGUUGGCCUAAGAUCCGCGGCCUUCCUCGUGCACGCGGGGGCAAGCUCAAGAUGGUCGUGCGGCAGGGCCUCGGGGCCUCGGUCGCCUACGGCGCCCGUGUCCGCGGCACGCCCAGGCCCAUCGUGCGUUUCAUCCAGCAGAAGGAUCGGGCCGUCCGCAGGGGCGCCACAGCUUUUACCUCCCGAGUCUUGCACGACGGCCUCGACCCCAGUUGCGCCGACACCCUCGUUCUGGCACCGCUGCUGGCUUGGGCGAGGGAAGCUUGGGACCACCCAGAGGGGCGGCGUGCGCAGGCCACAGCAUGGGCCCGAGUGCAGCAACGGCUCGCGCUGUACAUGGACGCCGACGCUCAGGAGUUGUGGUCAGUGGUGCGCGGCCCAGCGGGGGCCACCUCAGUCACAGUUCGAGCCCAUGGUUGGAGCAUGCCGUCAGCCUUCGAGAUUGUCUUGCCUCCACGUGGCGGGGUGCUCCAAGGAGGGGACGUCCAUCUUGAUCUACUGCAGAUUUGCCCCAAGUCGGUCGAGGCCGCCGUGCUUUUGGCCGCCCGUUCCAGAGCCCUGUGCCAGUGGGCGGCGGCUCAGCCCGAGCGGGCUGCGCUCCUGCCAGCGCCGUGGCUCACCCCAGCGAGGCAGUUGGUCAAGCGGCGCAAGCAGGACGGGUGGCUGCAACACCAUGCCGACGCGGUCAAGAAGGCGGUGUUGGGCGGUUUCCCUUCGCAGGAGGCCCUUUUCUCUUCGGGCCAGGCGGACACUCCGCAUUGCCAGCUUUGCGACGACGCGACCUGUUUCGGCACCCACCAGCACUAUUACUGGCGGUGCGGCAGCCCGACGUGUGCUACGGUGAGGGAGCAGCUGACGGCCCACGACGCGUCACCUACCUUCAGAGACGUCGGCCACCUGGGCGUGUCGGCCUCCUCGUCGGAAGCCUCAAGAUGGUUGUGGGAGCGGGGUUUGCGGCGAACCCCAUGUUACGGCUUGGCUUGGAGUCUACCGUCGCAGCGCACCCAUUGGAUCGUUAAUGGCGCGGCCCCCGAGCUCACCGAUGUGCUGGUUUCGGACGGAUCAGUCAAAGGCUUGGAUGACCUCAGGCACGGCGGCUGGGCGGCUUUGCAGUGCACAGCGGAGGCCGACGACGUGGUGCAGGGCCUGUACGGCCCACUGCCCUUUCCCGACCCCAGCUCGGUCCUGGCAGAGUUGUGGGGUCUCCUCCACGCCCUCAGGCAUUCGGUCUUCAUCACGGCCAUCAUCAUUGACAAUGCUCAGGUGGUCCAAGGCUUGGCUCGUGGCAGGGCAUGGUGUUGUUCAGCGGCCAGGCCCUAUGCGCACGUCUGGCUCGAGAUCUGGGAUCGCCUGGAUGACAUGGACAUCCUUCCUGGCAGAGAGUUGUCGGUCAUCAAAGUCGCCUCGCACAUAUCGCAGGCCAAACGCCUAGAGCUGCCAGAGGAGGUCCAGAUUCACAUGAGGCACAAUGACUUAGCCGACGAAUGGGCCAAGCAAGGAGCAGACCUCAGCGCGCCGCCAGAGUGGGCCACGUUGCAGGUCAAGCAGGAGCUCAAGGCCACCAAGCGCGUGCUCGAGUACAUCGGGCACUUCAGGGUCCUCCUCGACGGGGUCAAGUUGGCGGAGCCUAGGCACCCGCACGUUCUGGAAGUGUGCCGCGGUUAUUCCAAGUGCACCAACUGCGGCAAGGCGCCGCCGCUCGGCCUGUGCGACAGCGAGCAGACCAUGGAGAUCAGG